UCUCAUUCCCAUUUCUACGCUGAAACGACCAACAGUUUUAUUUCCACUUUCUCUCUGCAAUAACUUCAUCACUGUCGCAUCCGACCCAGGCGAUCUGAGAGUACGGUCUCAUUUGGCCUUUGUUCUUCUCUUGUUCUUUAGUCCACUUGAGAACAUUACUUUCACCGGAUCACUGGAGUAAUACAUGUCGUCUGCUUUCUCCUUUGAGAAUUACAUUUAAUUCCUUUCUAAACGAGUACAAAGGAUUUUCUGGGAUUGCGAGAGGAAAAUGGCAGUUCUCAACUUUCUCCUACUUUCUCUCUUCCUCAUGACGGGGAUCUGUCUGGAACUUUGUUCUGCCGCUCCGACAGCUCUAACAGCAUCUCCUCCGGAAACAGCAUCCAAGAUUGCAACUGAAACAGAAGUAAAUGCCAACCACGAUGACGCAACUGAUGACAAGAAACAGCCCACGGCUGCCCACUCUUCAACCGGAGAAAAGUCGAUUUCUCUUGGAUUCAAGCAACCUGCAGGUUUGUCAAAGGCGAAACGAGACGUAGAGCAGGAAGCUGACUCUGCCAACGGGAAAACUCCUUUGUAUCUCUUCAAAAAAGAUUUCUAUCACCCCAACACCAUGAGAUUUCUCACUUCUUCUUUCACCAAUGGAAAUGGGAAAGAUUUGUACCCUUUCUACACGAGAAGCCACUCAGGAGGUGUCAAGUACCAAAGGAACCGACGAAGUUUCCAGACAGAUCCUUUUGAUUUAUCCACGCUGCCAAUAACUACAUCCCACGCAUCCCGACAUCCAGCUGACGAGCUGGAUCUGGAGCUAGAUAAUCAGAAAGACAAAGAAGCAUUUUUCCGACUAAUGGCUCUCCUCGCCUCCAAAGAGUCCAAUCAACAGCAACCCAAGUACAACUUGUUGAAUGAGGACUUUCUUCUCCCCGGAGUGAAAAUGGACGAAAAUGAGGGUACUUUUCAAGACGAAGAGGCUGAAGAUUUGCCUCUUCCUAUCGAUCUCGGCUAUUAUGGCAGCGAACCAGGAGAUCUUUUCUCCACAAAUCAUCCCACGGCGUAUGAAAUGGAUGGCUCACCCACCGAGCUGACAAGAAUGGGGAUACGUUUGAACGAAUAUCCUGGAACUCAUGGGCUCUACAUGUCUCCACAGAAGAAGCAACGACAGGAUACGGAUGAUGAGUGGCUUGAAGAUGCCGUUCCUUUGCAAAACCACUUUAAAACUCGACGAUCCGACAACACACUUUUCAGAUUUAACCCUGUCAAGAGCCACUUUCGGCGUUAUCAGCGAUCUGGACAUUCCAAUUAUAACAACGCGGCGGACUUUGGAAUUGCUGGAGGAAGGUUUGGAUCAUUCUAUCCGACAAUCGGGGAACAAAUGUUGAUUAGAAAACGGAGAAGUUUUAAUCCAACUAAAGUUGCGCACUUGACAAUGUAAAAACUUUUCUUAGCGAAUUUCUUGGAUAAUUAGCACAAGGGAUAGCUAACGAUAAAAGUUUUUGAUUGUGUGGAUGUGAUUAUUGGAAAUUGUUACUUACUUGGUUGUUAUUAUUAUAGAUCGUUGACUUGUAAAAUAUAUAUGUAGUUGAUAGAAUUGUAUUAAAAUAUUACAUCAAGAUGGAUUUACAUAUGUACAUACAUUAACCAUACUAACCAUUAAUUAAAUAUAUAAUACAUACGCAUUUACAUAUGUAUGUAUUGUGCUUGCAUUGGAGAAAUUAGAUCAAACGAGUAGUAUGUAGUCUCAUAUUUACUAGGUUUACGCCGGGUUUAGACUUCACGUUAGCAUCACGUUCUCGUCCCAAUCCGAUUUUUUGAUUGGCUAAUCAAAAAUAUCACUAAGACAAUUAAAAAUUUCGACCAAUCAAAAAAUCGGAUUGGGAGGAGAACGUGAUGCUAACGUGAAGUCUAAACCUGGGGUUAGUUACAAUAAACAACUAAUUGUUAUGUGUUAGUGCAUGCUAAAAAAAUUAUUUCGAGGAUGAAAGCAGAAUUGUGAUAUGAUUAUUGGUGGCUGGAUAUUUAUGACUAUUUGUUGGGACCUGGAUUAAAGUUUCUCACUGGAGCAAAAUUUCGCAUUAAAUUGGACUGGAUUAUGGAUGACAAGGGGGUGGAAAUGCAUUAGUAUAUUAUUGCACAAGUUUUAUCAAAAUUAUCACUACUAUUAAGUACGUACCAUGAUUUUGAUUGGGAAGUUAUUUAUUGACUGUUUUAUUUUAAUAAGAUCAGGAAAAUAAAUUGGCGUCUUUUUAAUUUAUA